CCGGUGUAUAGGAGGACUGGGUGAGGGAGGACGAGGAGGAGGACUCCGUGGUCGCGAUGGUUUGGGAGCUGGCGGAGGAGGUGGGGGUUUGGGGAGGAUGUGAGGAGGGGAUGAGGGAGAGAGGAGCUGCUGCUGCCCGUGAGAGGCCUGUCCCUGUGGAGUUGGUCCCAUAUCAGAUUCCUCAGUCCCGCCCAUCAUUCCCACCAGGGUCGGCAUGGCGAUGGCUGGGCCGUAACCCCAGGCAACGGACGACGCCAUGUGAGCCCCACCCUUGUCCUGUUGGAUCUCCAUGUCCAGGAGAGAGAGUCGAGCCGUGUUCUUGUUCCUCGCUACCUCCUCUGCUCUCUUGGCUCUCUCUGCAGCUGGUGGGUAAAAGAUACAUUGGUUAUAUUAUGUAAUGCACACUUUCAACUUUGCUUCAGCUUGCACCUUACUUUACUUUUUCCUAUAUACCCCUUUUUCCCCUAUUUUAUGUAACUCUGCUGUUAUAAUUUUGGCCCCAAUGAGGAAAAUUUUGUCUUAAGCAUUGUUGAAUUGUUUUUGUUGCAUUCUCAUCGGCAUAUUUCAUAACUCCAU